CCGUACGAUCAGAAAAUAACGGAAAUCGAGCCGUCGAAUAUAAUCCAGAAAAAUUAAAAUUUCAAAAAAACAUGUUAGAGAGAUGCUGUGGAAGAAGAAGAAGAUGAGCAAAAACCGAAAGUGUUCACCUUUAAUUCCUUUUCGCCAUCGUCUUUGUUUCGUGAGCUAAAUCCCAAUAGAACCCUAAUUUCUCCCAUCCCUCUCUCUUUCAAAGCUUAUCCCUUUAUCAAAAUUCAAAGUCUCGUCUGAGCUCUUAACAGCCGCCGAAUCUGUUCUUUUUCUCUUUUUUUUUUUCGCGCUCUGUCGCGGGAUACGGAUCUGGGUUUUUUCUCUUUGAGCUAAUUUGUGAUAACUUCUCGGUCGGGGGAAAAUAGAAAAGGAAAUUCUUUUCUGGGUUCCUUGGAAAGUUUUAAGAUUUGAAAAUUUUCAGAUGGGUGAGGGCGGCGGCGGAGGAGGAGAUUUCCCGCCAAAAAAGGACGGUGUAUCUGAUGAGUCUUGUUUCCCGGCGAAGAAGCCAGCAACGCAACUCGACUUCACUGGCGGUUCCGAUGAGCAUUCAGAGUCUCAUACCGUCGUCACUCCCUCUGUUACUUCGCCGGUAACAACAACGCCGUCGCGGCUUCAUCCGGUGGCACGACCGACGUUACCAGUGGUGACGUCACAGUCACAAAUCCUUAACGCGCCAAUCAGCCUUCCAAAGCAGCCGGAAUCUCCAGAAUCUAGAGCAAGGCCGCCUAUAGUGGAAGGUAGAGAUGGAACCCCUCAAAAGAAGAAGCACUGCAACUGCAAACUCUCACGCUGCUUGAAAUUGUAUUGUGAGUGCUUUGCGUCGGGAACAUACUGUGAUGGUUGUAACUGUGUCAACUGUUUCAACAAUGCUGAUAACGAACCCGCAAGACGCGAUGCUGUCGAAGCAACUCUGGACCGGAAUCCAAAUGCAUUCAGACCCAAAAUCGCUAGCAGUCCACAUGGUGCAAGGGACAAAAGGGAAGAGAUUGGUGAAGCUGUGUUGUUAGGGAAACAUAACAAAGGAUGCCACUGCAAGAAAUCAGGAUGCCUUAAGAAGUACUGCGAGUGUUUUCAAGCGAACGUUCUUUGUUCGGAGAACUGCAGAUGCUUAGGUUGCAAAAACUUUGACGGAAGUGAAGAGAGACAAGCUUUGUUUCAUGGUGAACAUGCCAGCAACAUGGCUUAUCUCCAACAAGCAGCAAAUGCAGCCAUUACUGGAGCUGUUGGUUCCUCCGGCUUUGCUCCUUUCCCAGCACCUAAGAGAAGGAAAGGUCAAGAUAUUUCUUUCAACCAAGCGACCAAUGAUUCGUCUAUGCAUAGACUUGGCCAGUUUCAACAGGCAAGUAAUGGAAGAACUAGUGGAUCAACCUCAGGUACAUCUCCGGCAAAUGUUGCUAGGGCUAGUGGCAAUUCAUCAGCUCCAUCAAAGUUUGUAUAUAGGUCUCUCUUAGCAGAGAUAAUCCAACCGCAGGAUGUGAACGCACUUUGCUCAGUUUUGGUCGCUGUAGCUGGAGAAGCAGCAAAGACAUCAACAGAUAGAAGAAAUGAAACAGAGAAACGGGUUGAAGAUCAAACAGAAACAUCUUUAGCUUCUUGUAACUCACAAGGCAAUAAAGAUGCCAGUGAUGUCGAGAUGAUUGCAACUGAUGGAAAUCAAGCUGAUGGUUCUAACGGAAGGCCGCUGUCUCCAGCAACUUUGGCUUUGAUGUGUGAUGAACAAGACAGUCUCUUCAUGGUAGCAGCAGCUGAACCUAGUGGUUCAGUGGACACUGGUGGCUGCGGAACAAACCCACAGGGGCAGUCAGAGACUUACGCAGAGAAGGAGAGACUGGUGUUAACCAAGUUCAGAGAUUGCCUUACUCGACUUAUCUCUUACGCAGAUUUCAAAGAAUCAAAGUGUUCAUAUUUAGCUAGAAGUCAUAUACAGUCACCCUCAACAGCUCCAACGGUGACUGUGAAAACCGAGAAUGGGAUUCAGCAAAGACCACCAGUUGUAAAUGGAGCUUCACUAACCACUACUCAACCUACACUCAACAAACCACAGCUGUUGCAGCCGACGACCACAACAAGCACUCAUCAUCCUCAUAAACCUCCAGCUCCAGAGGAGAAUAAAGACCUCUGAGUCAAAUAAAGUGUACUCUACGUAGGACAACAAUAAGUUUACCAGAGAGAACAUAAACAACAUGGUGAAAUCCGCCUCACCACCGCCACAUUGGCAGGUGAAUUAGAGAGUAAUAGACUUAAGUUUUCGCUCUUUCUUUUCUCUUCCUUUUCUUCUCAAGUCUACUCUCCAAAGCCCCAGGCUGGUGUAGAUUCUGCAGAGCUUUGUUUCUUUACUACACAGAGUUUUAUAUUACUAGUUAGUAUGUUGUGUUCUUUGUUGCUUCUUCUGCUGUAGAAUUUGAGAUUAACAUAGAGUAAUAAAUAAUAAAUCCCUAAUUUUACAAAA